GUGGGAAACGGUAAAACACGGACCCGCCCAUCCCGCAGGCCUGGUUUACCUGAAGACAGCCCCUCCUGUCCGGUAAUCUACCUGUUUCCUGUUUCUGUCACACCUGAGUCUUUCGUUGCUUCAGGCUUCUGAGAGGGGCAUAUCUCGUCACCAAGUCUAGAAAUGGCUCACCACCAAAGAGACCAAGUCACGGAAGCCUUUGAGCUCUUCGACAGUGACGGGGACGGUCAGCUCUUGGUCAGCGAGGCAGCCUCGGCCAUCCGAGCCCUGGGUCACAUCCUCACCGACGCAGACAUCAAGGCCAUCCUCAAGAAAGUUGGAGUGGAGUCUCGUGGACAAGUCGACCUUAAAAAAUUCAAACAGAUCCACGGCUCUCUCCCGACAAAAGAUUAUUCUCGUCAGCUAGAAGAAGCUUUCAAGACUGUGGACAAAGAAGGGAGUGGAUUUGUCAUGGCAACCGAACUGCGGCAUUUGCUGACCAACAUGGGCGACAGACUGUCGGACGAAGACUUCAAUGGCUUGUUGGAGGAGCUAGACAUUGACAGUAAUGGCAGGAUUCAGUUUAAAGAGUUUGUUCGUCUGCUGAAGAGCCGGUGAUGCUGUCAGGCACAAAUGACAUCAACCCUCGCCUCUGACUUUACAUUUGUCCGUGGAUCAUCAUAAACGACAUUCGACCUUUGUGCCUGUCUUUGGCCAGCUCAAACCACAGACUGAGGGGAAUCAGGGGAUUUUGGGGGGUUUUCUAGUGCAGACAAUUUUCUGGGAUGUUUGAGUUCAAUUGACUGCUGCUACAUGUUUUUAUUGUUCAUCUCUCAUUUAGUGAAGGGGAUGGAUGUCUUGAAAUAUGUUAACUCUUUAUCUUCGGCAAAGCGCUCCCAGCGGCUCACGAUCGGAACCCCUGUGUCAGUGAGCCACUGACAGCGGCUCGGGCACAUUCCUUUACGACAUCAAAUUACUUUUCGGCAAUAGAUGAAGAACUCUCAGAAUAGGUUUGCUAGUUUCGAUUUGAUGACCCAUUUAAUGACGUUUUUGUCAUUUUUUGAUUUAGCACUAAAGAAGGGCCCCGGCUUAGUGGGUUCCCCCCUCGGAGAUAAAGAGUUAAUGUUCACAGCUGAUUCUACUGUUGUUUCACCUAUCAGACUUUAUUCAGAACUAAAGCCCUGGCGUUCAUAUGACCUGAUGCAGUUGCGAGCGCUGUAAAACCCUCUACAGUAAAAAAAAAAACAACUAAAGCCCACUGGUCAAUAUUUUCCUAAGGGAGUAUAAUAUCUGGAAAAUUUAUUUGUUUGUAAUAUCGUUUUUCUGACCUUGGAAAGAUUAUCUUCUUCGACGUUGAUUGUUAUAGAUAAAGCAAAUGUUAAGUAGAACCCUUGCCAAACACUCGAGAUCAGGUCUGUGAUGUUCUUUAGGACUGAUGCUGGACUCAACUGGUUCAGAAGCCUGUUCACGAAUGCAGUUUAUGUUUUGAUCACAAGUACAAUCUUCAUUUUGUUUCUAUUUAUCAAGAAUCUGCUGCUUCCAGUCUCAAUAGCUGUGAACAAGUAUGUUUUUGUACGCAGUUGCUAGCGCCGAUCUCCGUGUAUCAUGACCCACAUAUCACAUUGUAUCGUAUAUCGUCCAAUAUCAUAUGAAGCAGUCAAGCAUUGCCGUGCCUAGUAAUGCCAGUUUGUGUCAUAUACUACAGAGGAGUCAGCUUAGACCGAAUCUAAUUUAUCGAAAACAGUGGUAAUUUUAGAUUUUUAGAAAUUUUUAUUGAGCAGCCUAUCUAAAUCGAAAACCUGUCAAAACCAAUGAAAAUCGGGCAGUCUGGCUCUGGCAGAUUUCAGUUUAAGUGGACUCCGUUGUAUCUUGUCGAUCUAUGUCAGUUUCUGUCUGAGAAGCCGGUGACUCCCCCCCUGUGAGGGUAUUUGCCAUGGUGCUGCAGGCCUGAACUUGGCUCUGGUCUAAAUUGGGGCUUUUCAGUUUUAAAUCUGAAAGUUAUUUUUUUUUUUCCUUUCCUUUCAGAAGAAAAAAUGCAUUGGUAAAGUUAGGCAGUUCUGUCAUUUAAUUAAAAGUGAGGUGGAUUGAAAGGAAGGAAAAGAAAAGCCACUCAACCUUUAUUCUACCGUCUCGUGUCCCUCGUGAUUUUACAUGUAUUCCAAUUUAAGCAAUUUGCAUGUUAUGAAUUAUAGGCUGUUUCUUGAGAAAACUUUUACAAACCGCAAAGUAAUGACGAUUUAUUGAAAUAUUGUUGUUGUAUUUGGGGGGGGGGGGGGGAAUGGACUAUUGUUGUGCUUACUUCCUGAAUCAGCCACGAUACUUUUUUUUUUCACGAGGACUGUUGAUGUAUUUUUAGCUCCUAUGCAGGAAACUAUUGCGUCCAUCAGUGACAUUCCAGUUUAAAUGUGCACUUAUGAAAUUUUACUCUAUAAAUCUAUACAAGUAUGUGAUUAAAGUAUAAAAGUUAUACUGCACUGUAUUUUCUGUAUUUUUAAAAAUAAAUUGAUUUGAGAGAGUGGUUUGGCAAAUUUUUGCUGUGCAUCAUUGGCAAACUGUACAACUGUACAACUGUUCUAAGUCCAGAAACAAAAUGUUUCAGUAAAGAGAAAAUAACUUUCAUUCUUUAAAAAAAUGUAAUUACGUUAUUAAUUUAUCGAUUGAUUUCUUUUACAUUAUUUGUUUUUGCUCCAACAUUAAAAAUUUGAAUUUCAACAAAUUA